AUGACCAUUGCAGAACAUUGCUUGCUUCAACGAUUUGCGUGCUCUCUCCGCGACAACUACGUGCAAUUGACAAGCUGCCCAAGAGAUGUUCAGUUUGCCUGGCUUUUGAUUCACAAGGGCGAGGCCUAUGGAGUCCCUUGCGUUCCAAGCGGAAGCAGCUACCAUUUGGUGACCUCCCAUGUCCUGGGGCCGAGAGGAAUGGUCUUUGACAGCGAGGCAUGGCUCGAAGAUGUGCAACAGAAGAUACCCGACAAGGAAGCCAAGAUUGUGAUUGGCUGUGCAGCUGGUGUUAGAUCAAAGGCUGCCGCUCGGGUUUUGGAAGCGGCUGGAUACCUGAACGUCCAGGAGCUUGAUGAUGGCUUCAACGGCUGGGCAGCGCGCAAUAGAUCAUGCCGUUCAGGGUUGCAUGCUACAAAGCCUUUGACAGAGGACUUGAAACUUCUCGAUGCUGAGCCAUUCCACUUCUGA